AUGACUAACAUUCGAAGAAAUGGCGACAGAUUUACCACUAAGAGGGCCACUGAUACACUAAGACCCAUCAGCCUAGCUAUGGCAUCAUCUCAUAUUUCUUUUGACCAGUCCAAAGGUCACACUUCCGCUUUACAGUUGGCCAACAAUAUCAAAUUAGCUUAUGCUCUUCUAUCAUCUGGAAAUUUGAAAUUGGAAGAGAACAAGGAUGUUCUCAUCCCACAGUUGGUCAUUGAUUCCACUGGGUUCCGUUUAUUCGAUGCUAAUGCUAUCUUGAGAUAUGUUUUGAACGAUUUUGAAGAGGAAGAAUCUAACGAGUACAAUUUCGCUGUAUCUUCUUUGGAAGCAUUCGCUUCGCAUAAAGAUCCGAUCAAAGAACAUCUUGCUGAAGCGGUGCAGAAAUCGUUGGAUAAUUAUUUAACAAGCGUCGAGGAACCUUUGUCUGCCACUAGAAUUGUUAUUUUUGCAAACACAUACGCUUUAGACCCUGCUGCUGUUGAGGCGAGAAUCACUUCUUUGCCGGAGAGACUACAAGAAGCUUUGAAAUUGGCCAAGACGAAGAUCGUCCGUUCUUCAACUGAUUAUAAGCACACAGGUGCGGUAAAUGUGUCACAAGAGCAUUUGAUGAAGUCUCAGGAUGCUGAAAUUUUGCCAAAGGAGGGAGAACGUAAUAUUUUGAUUACGUCUGCUUUGCCAUACGUCAACAACGUACCACAUUUGGGUAACAUUGUCGGUAGUGUUUUAUCUGCUGAUAUUUAUUCUCGUUUCGCCAAGGGUAGAAACUACAACGCACUAUACAUCUGUGGUACCGAUGAAUACGGUACAGCAACUGAGACCAAGGCUUUGGAAGAUGGUGUCACACCUCGUGAAUUAUGUGACAAAUACCAUAAGGUUCAUUCUGACGUUUACAAAUGGUUCCAAAUCGGAUUUGAUUAUUUCGGUAGAACCACUACCGAAAAGCAAACUGCCAUUGCUCAAGACAUUUUCAUGAAGUUAUAUGAUAGAGGCUUUUUGGAAGAGCAGACAAUGAAACAGUUGUACUGCCCAGCUCACAAGGGUUACUUAGCUGAUAGAUAUGUGGAAGGUACAUGUCCAAAAUGUGGUUACGAAGACGCUCGUGGUGAUCAAUGUGAUAAGUGUGGUGCUUUGUUGAACCCAUUCGAAUUGAUUGACCCUCGUUGUAAGCUAGAUGACGGUGUUCCUGAACCACGUGAUUCCGACCAUAUCUUCAUGUCGUUGGAUAAGCUGGAACCAGAAAUCAAGAAAUGGGUCGAUGAAGCCUCUUCUAAGGGUAAUUGGUCCAAGAAUUCUAAGACUAUCACUCAAUCUUGGUUGAAGGAAGGUCUUCAUCCUCGUUGUAUUACCAGAGAUUUGGUUUGGGGUACUCCAGUGCCACUUGAAAACUAUAAGGAGAAAGUGUUAUACGUUUGGUUCGAUGCCUGUAUUGGUUACGUUUCUAUCACCGCCAAUUACACUAACAAAUGGGAACAAUGGUGGAAGAAUCCUAACAACAUUGAUCUAUAUCAAUUCAUGGGUAAAGAUAAUGUCCCAUUCCACACUGUUAUUUUCCCAGGUUCUCAACUGGGUACCGGUGAUGACUGGACCAUGUUGCAUCAUUUGAAUACCACAGAAUAUUUACAAUAUGAAGGUGGUAAAUUCUCCAAAUCCAGAAGUAUCGGUGUCUUCGGUAACAACGCACAAGAAAUUGGUUUGUCACCUAGUGUAUGGAGAUACUAUUUGAUUUCUGUAAGGCCAGAAACUUCUGAUUCCCAAUUCUCUUGGAGUGACUUUGCUGCUAGAAACAAUAGCGAACUUCUAGCAAACUUGGGUAACUUCGUGAACAGAGUAGUGAAAUUCGUCAACGCAAAAUACAACGGUGUCGUGCCAGACUUCAACGUUGACAACCUACCAGGUUACGCACAAUUGAAAAAGGAUAUAGAUGAAAUUCUAACUAAUUACGUGGACAAUAUGGAGAAAGUGCACUUGAGACGUGGUUUGGAAAUCGCAAUGACUUUAUCCGCUCGUGGUAACCAAUUUUUACAGGACAACAAAUUGGAUAACUCUUUAUUCGCUCAAGAACCUGCUAAGUCUGAUGCCGUUGUUGGUGUUGCAUUAAACAUUAUCUACACUGUCGCAUCUAUCAUGUCUCCAUUCAUUCCAGAGACUUCGGAAAUCAUCUACAGAAUGCUAAAUGCUCCAGCUCUGCGUAUCGACGAUCACUUCAACCUACCUAUCAGACCUGGCCAUAACAUUAACAAGGCCGAAUACUUAUUCAGCCGUAUCGAUGAAAAGGAUGUCGAGAAGUGGAGAAGUAAGCACUCCGGCAAACAAGUGUAA